AUGACGGAGUAUUCUCAUACAAUAAUAUUUGUGACGGCAGCAGAUACACAACGCACGAUAAUGCACAGGCUGUUAAUCCUCACCUUAGCCGCAGUGGCGCACGCACAGUUUCCAAAUGGCCGUGUCUUAGAAGCUCCGGUGCCAACUCUGUGUGCUACCAGAACAGUCCAUGAGAGAUACAUUGACAAUAAGGGAUAUUUUUUCUCAUGGAAAGACCCUAACCUUCGCGGCGUAGAAGAGGACUGGUUGAGUGCUAGAAACUUCUGCAGACAGCGUUGCAUGGACCUCGUCUCGCUAGAGACAAGUGACGAAAAUGAAUGGAUUAAGUCAUUCAUCACUAAGGACAAGCAAAAGUACAUCUGGACAUCGGGUCGUUUGUGCGACUUCAAAGGAUGCAAUCGCGCUGACUUGGUCCCCAACGAAAUUAAUGGCUGGUUUUGGACCGCAGAGCUUCAGAAGUUAGCUCCUACAACCAACCGUCAGCAGAAUGACUGGUCCGAAGGAGGCGGCAUAGGCAAACCUCAACCCGACAAUAGGGAGCUGAUCCAAGGUGGUGCUUCUGAGCACUGCAUAGCCAUCCUGAACAAUUUCUACAAGGACGGCGUGCACUGGCAUGACGUUGCCUGCCACCACCGCAAGCCGUUCGUCUGCGAAGAGAACGAUGCCUUGAUCAAAUACGUCAGAUACACGAACCCAGGCCUUAGGCUUUAA